AUGAAUCUACUGUGUCGCAAAGACGGUCGGCGGUUGGUAGGCCGUGGGGAAAGGCGCGAUGGAUCUUCUCGAAAGAAUUUGAUACUGGAGGCUGUCUCAAAAGCUGUAGUCGGUUUGGAUUCCCACUGUAGUGACAUUGAGGAGAAAAUACUGGAGAAAAUACGUAUUCAGGAACAGUGCUCAAAAGCAGUUUUGACAAAUGCUGUUUUGGAGCAGCCGGAGACGGACGUCGUGCUGGUACCUAAGAAACCUCCAGCCCGUGGCCCCCGAGGCAUUCCAGUGACCGGAAACAUUAUCGAACGGGUGAUAAUGAGCCACCGAGUUUGGCGUAUUGUGCCAUUUAACUUUGAGAGUCACCCGGGGAUUAGAAUGAACGUGCCACAAGAAAAACUAAGUUGGAAGGUUCCCUAUCAAGAAUACCGGACGUACAAGAUCAACGAAGACCGUCUUGCAGUGCCAUACGAGGGCAUGGACGACUCACUGGAAACGUAA